AUGGCGCGGAAACGCAGACGCCAGAGCGAGAAACAUGAUACAGCCGCGCAGUACCAAGCGGGAGACCUAGUGUCCAGCAUGAGUUUCAAGGAACUGGGACGAGAGUGCGAAGAGCUGCGAGGAGAAUUGAGGAGACAGCGCCAGAAGGAACGUGAACUCGAAGAGGCCAAAUGCGAGAAAAUGCGGAAAGAAAUCUCCCAGUUGCGACGUUCCAUCACCGAAUGUCGGAAUAACAUCAAACGACUGGAGGCCUCGUCAUCCUCAGAGGAAGCCGAGAGUACCCUGAACAUCGAGUCGCAACGUCAACAAACACCGACUCAAAGCCAAAGCGACCGUGAGACCACUCGGCGGACACACAUCGAAGCAACCUCGAACUCGACAGGACCUGACAGAGCAAUAUUACCUGAGGCUCGAUGGGAGUAUCCAGAUCCAGAGUAUCCUAAACCAAAGAGCGUGACAAAAUCAAGCAUUCCGAAGCCAACGAGGACAACAAGAACAUCGAAACCCAGUCCCAAAGACAGCAGCGACAAGGAGAACGGCGAGCCAGUAGCCGAGAAACCAGCAAGCAAGCUCCGCAUGAAGCCACUGGUAAGGCUGAAACGUCUCGAGAAAAUGCCACAAGAUCGGAACAACAACCAAGCCGACGACAAGGAAAAGCGGAAAAGCCAUCACCGUGACAAGGCAGCCAUCCUGCGGGAGAAACUGGAAACGCUACGAAAAAGGAAAAUAAGAGACGAACGAGCGGCUCGCCUUCGAAAAGAAAAGGAAGAGUACAAGAGAGAGUUGAAGCGACACGCGAAUCAGCGAUAUCGCAAGAAAGUUGCCGAAAAACUAAAAGCCGCUACCAGAAGACUCUCUCGAACGAUCGCCGACUCGCCUGAAUCGAGUGCCCCCGAAUCUCCGGACCGAUGGCCCGGAAACACGGAGGCAGGUGGGAGUGUGCAACGGCCCACGGUUGCAGGCGAGAGGGAGCCGACGGCCGACCGACGCGCCAAGGACAGCUGA